CAACGGACUAAUGUGAACUGCAAAGAGCAUAUGUGCGGAAGGAACUAUCAGCUCAGUGCUUCUAAUUGUAUUGGCAGCAUCCUUAUCGUAACCGACUUGGUGUAGCACCUAAUGGCUUCUCCAGUCGAAGAGGGGGGCCGUGUAGUCAAACACGUAAUUGAAAGUGGUGCUUUUGAUGAUGUGCGAAAGUUGGUUUUCGACGAGCUUAAACAUAGCGCAGCGCUGCGCGAUUACGUGCGAGAACAAGUGGAGAGCAGCAAAACGCUCAGCGGUGGAAAGCAGAGUAAAGAAAGGAAGAGGGUGCUCGACGAGCUUCAAACGGAGUUGAAGGACCGGCUCGUGGAACGGGCUUCUCGAGUAGUUUGGGAAAUCCUUACGAAAUCCGAUGGCCGCGUGGCCCAGGACAUCGAGCAGAAGGUGCGUGUGGGGUAGCCGUACGCACAUGCCAUAUGCUCUUGCCCCUAACCCUAGGUCAACACGACCCUCCUUAACCCCAGCCCUAUCCU